AGUUCGAAAUUAGAUAUACCAUGUAUUACUGCAUUGCGGAACUACUACAUUUUGCCAUUGUUUUCCUGAAAUGGGAGGUUGCGCGUUAACUAGGUAACUGGCUAAAACUGGCUAUUUUAGGUGGUCGUAAGUGACCACAGUCGUUAUGCUUAGUGGCUUGCUGCAGUGCAGUUCUGAGACGAGCAAUUCACUACUGUUCUCAGAUGUCAGUAUAGCAAUGGCAGCCUCGGCGAAUGUAGACCAGUCAAUGAAACCUGUGCUAUUUGAAAUAUUCGGAGAGAUAUGGAAUGUGCAGGCACGGCUUGGUCAAGGUGUCUCGGCCUCCGUUUAUCGUGUCAGUUCUGGACGGGCUAGUACAGCCGCGGUGAAGGAAUUUCAGGUGGACUCGCAGGGUGGAGAUUACGGGUAUCACAAAGAGAGAUCCGUUCUUGAAGACAUUCAAGGGCACAAGAAUAUCGUUACGUUGUAUGGAGUCUUUACCAAUCACAACUGUCAAGGCGUGUCAACCCGCUGCCUUCUGCUGGAGCUGCUGGACAUUAGCGUGUCGGAGCUGCUGGUGAGGGCUAGUAGCCAGGGCCACUCGAUGUGGGUCAUCCAGCACUGUGCACGGGACGUCCUGGAGGCCCUGUCCUUCCUGCACCGAGAGGGCUACGUUCACGCCGACCUCAAACCCCGAAACAUCUUGUGGAGUGCUGAUGAUGAGUGCUUCAAACUCAUCGACUUCGGCCUCAGCUACAAAGAGGGAAAUCAGGAUGUGAAGUACAUACAGACGGAUGGCUACCGGGCCCCAGAGGCGGACGUGCAGAACUCGCUGGCCCAGGCCGGGCUGGAAGGAGAUGCCGGCUGCACAUCCGCCAUCGACCUGUGGAGUCUCGGAAUCAUCUUAUUGGAGAUGUUCUCAGGAAUCAAGCUGAAAGACACUGUCCGAUCUCAGGAAUGGAAGGAUAAUAAUUCUACAAUAAUAGACCACAUCUUCGCCAGUAAAAUUGUGGUUUGUCCUGCCAUCCCAGUCUAUCACCUUAGAGACCUUAUUAAAAGCAUGCUUCACAAUGACCCCAAACACAGAAGCACAGCAGAGAAGGCCCUAUCUAGCCCCUUCUUCAGUAUUCCUUUUGCUCCUCAUAUUGAAGAUUUGGUCAUGCUUCCCACACCUGUCCUCAGACUACUUAAUAUCAUUGACGACAGCCACCUCUACAAUGAAGAGGAGUAUGAAGACAUUGUGGAGGACAUGAAGGAGGAAUGUCAGAAAUAUGGGGCCGUUAUUUCUCUUUUGAUCCCAAAGGAAAAUCCAGGCAAAGGCCAGGUUUUUGUUGAGUAUGCAAAUGCUGGUGACUCCAAAGAAGCCCAGAGAUUGCUGACGGGACGAACAUUUGAUGGGAAGUUUGUUGUGGCCACUUUUUACCCAUUGAGUGCCUACAAGAGGGGGUACUUGUACCAAACAGUACAAUAAAGCUGCACACACAAUCGGGCAAGGCCCUCUGAGCAACCUAAACCUUCUCUUAUGCAGACCAUGUUGCAAAUGUUCUUCAGUUUUCAAUCAUCCAAUUCGCACUGAUCAGCCAUUAUGAGAAAAUGAAGUCAACAUUACUGUCAAAUUAGUUGUGUGACACAUGCAAUUAACCUCCUACCAUGGUAUGCACAUUGAAAAUAUCUGCUUUACACAGUGCCAUGGAAGGGUUUUCCUUAAAGAGUGCUGUAGUUUGCCUUUUGUGUAGCAGAGCUAUAGGUUAUAUAGUUCCAAUACCUAUUAUUAUUUAUUGGCCUUGAAUGUAUAUCAAAAUUUUUUGGGUUUGAUUAGAUUAUACAAAAAUACUAAUAUUACUGGCAGUAUCCCUCUGAAGAGCAUAACAUUAUAAAAUCACAUAGUGAGAGAAGAUUUACAAAGGGGAGGUGCCUUUUAUCAAAAGGAUAAUUAAGUUUCUUUUUCUGUUAUGAGACAGGAAUUGGUACCAAAGUCCAACUUUCUUAUCCUUUUAUUAGUUUAUCACUGUUAUGAAAAUGUACAUCAUUGUGUGUCCACACUGACUGCAUAGACGCUAAUGCAAACUAGUGGCUGCUAAAUAAUGAGAGUCUCAGUGCUCGUUAUGGAGAAUUGGAGUAUAUGUUUUGCUUCACCAGAGCUGACCCAUUGAGUAACAAAUCCAACAAAACUAUUCUUCUCAGUUGAGUUUACUUUUUGGUAGGAGUGGCACUGGUGUGGCUCCAGGUGUGUUGGUGUCCCAGUGUAGAUUCUUAAAAACUUCAGUAUUACUGAUACAAUCUUUCCCCUAGUACCACUUUUCUAAUCUCCUUAAAUUACACAUGUUCAGGGUCAUUUUUAGAAUCUUGAUUAGAGAGGACUUUCUAAAAAAGAAAAAUGCAUGAAAUGACUUUUGUCUCAUCCGUACGUUUUACAUAUUUUCUAUGAAAUAAUUAGCUGAAAACUUGAAUUCCAAAGGUACCAUGUCAGAGCACCAUUUAUGUGUAACUUCUUGCUUGCUGAAAUACUGAGAGCACAAGUUUGAUUUCAGCUAAUUCACCUUUCAUUAUUCUGUGGUACCUGUCAAUCAUAUUGCAUUAUUGUAAUAUAGAAUUAUGUAACAGAAGCUAUUUUAUAACAGCAAUUACCAGAAGUCGACUCUUCCUUGUAUUUUUUACAGCUAUGUUUGGGUUUGGCCUGGCUAGGAUACUGCACAACUGUUACCCAUGUAUAUGGGGAUUUUAUGAUCCUCAGAAAAUGCAGCAUAUUUCAAUGCUGGCCUUGUAUGACCCAAUAUCCUGCCCACCAAUAGUAAAACAAACAAAAAAAAAGCUUUCUAGAAAUGCUGAAAAUGGGGAGAAUCUUUAAAUCCAUAUUUUUUUCAGUUCGGAUCUGUUUCUCGCAAAGUUUUAUAGCAGGAAACCCCUUUUACUUGGGUGGGAUUCUCAUGAUCCUCUGUCUCAUUUUUGUGGGUGGCUUGUAAAAGCAAACACCUUCAGGCUGUAUAGGAAAUUAAUAUUCAUAUGGCUGUGGUGCUGGACUCCCUCUGCACACUUGUCUUUUCAGUAGUUGGUAUGCAAGCAAUUGGAAGCGUUUUCCGGCCUAUUGUGCGCUGUCAUUUUGUUGAAUAAUUCAAAAGUAUUCCAUGUGUACCAAGAUCUGAUCGUGACUUGUUUUACAAAUGGUGAUGUGACUUUGGUACUCUAGCUCAUAUUUUCAGAGUUUCUUUUUUUUUUCUAGAUUCAAGCAUGUUGGUGGCUGUCAUUAAAAGCAUUUGAACCUUUUUAGACUUGUGGAGAAUUGUAAUAUGUCUCUUGUUCUGCACGCCUGAUUUGUGUCUGGGCUGUACCACCUUAACGUUAAUGACUGACAAAAUACAGAAGGGAUUCCGGUUGCAGGCAGGUAUGUACAAGGUACGGCAAGAGCGCAAUGGAGAGUUGUUUGAUGAAGGGAUAUCAGGCUGGUAGUCUAGUUUUUCCUCAGAUGUAGUGUAGAUCAGGCCCAGAGAGGUGGGCUGCACAAUAUGAACAUGAGGAUGUGAUGACCCUGUGAGAAGUAGGCUACAUCGUCCUGACUUCAGUGGAACUGAGCGCUUGAUGUUCCAUCCCUUUGGGUGUCUAACAGAUCCAGAAGCUUGCAGAUGCAGACAUGUUAAAGGGACUGACCUGAUGUAGCUUAGCCUCUUGCUUGUGACAGUGUUUCAAGAUGCCUCUCAGAAUCUAUUUCGAGACACCCGGCUCCUGUCUGUCACUCACAAGUUGUUGUCGGUGGAAAUGCUGAUGCUAUUGUUUUUGGCAUCAGUAAAUAGUUGCACACUGGUUUUUCUUUUCCUUAAUUACACAUAUCUGUGAUGGAAUGCUGUUGAUGUAUUUGAUAAAAGCACACAGUUUCUGAUUGACGUCUUAUGAUUUACCUUUCAACUGCAGAUAUGUUGUUUCUAGAUGGUCAACUUCGAAGCUGUGCUACUAUCAGAUGUGCAUUUUACCUUAUUCUGAACUACACCUCUUUAUUUAUUGUAAGUAAUUUGAUCACGAAGCUGAAGAAGGAUUUCAUAGAACUUUCAUACGUUCUACUUCUUUGGAAAUUGUAAUGACCUUACAACCAACAUGUGAAUUGUUUUUAUGUGGUAUGAGAUGACAAAAAUUGGAGAAAAUUGUAUGAAAAAGACAUUGAGACGACCUUAAAUAUUUUUUGGAGUAACAUGGUUUCAAAGCACAAGUGAUACUUCUGUGGAAAGAGUGGAAGGUUUUUAUAGUGCUUUCCAAAGUCCAGAGCAUAGAAUUGCUUUGGCCUCUGAAAUGAUACCAGGGAUGUCAGUGGUGCUGCCAACAUACACCCUGAAUAGACGUCACUGCAGAUGUCAUCCUUCUUGAGUCCAUUAGACUUUUGCCACAGUACACUUGGCAGGUUAUGAUAGGUGGAAUAUUGAGUUUAUUGUCAUUGGUAUACCAAUCAUAUUAUGACAGAUCAUGACUAUUUUAUAAUAGCAGUUACCCGAAGUUGAAUUUUGUUUUACUGUUAUGUUUGGAUUUGGCCUGGUCUGAGAAGAAUACUGCACAACUAUUACACAUAUACGUAUAUUUGGAUUUUAUGAUCCUCAGGCAAAGCAACAUAUUUCAGUGCUGGCCCAAUAUCCUACUCAAGACUAGUAAAAACGUUCUAGAAAUGCAGAAAAUGGGGAGAACCUUGUCUUUAAAUUAGGAUUUUUCCCUGUCCUGAACAUUGUUUUUCUCAAUCUGAUGAUAGGUGGAAUAUUGGGUUUAUUGUAAUUUUUAAAAAUGUAAAUUUAAUUAUAUUGCAGCAAAUGGUUGUUGUAACAAAUAAUUUAAUAUAAAGAAUCAUUUCUUCUGCCUGUGGUGUACAGUAGGCUCCUGUCAUUAAAUGUUCUUAUCUCUUCUAGUCCAGUAUGCCUUCAGGCAGAGUACAGGGAGGGGCUGGUAUACCUCUUUAAGUAAUAAAUAAAGAGGGUUUCUGUGCUUCCUUCCCCCCAGGGAAUUAUCCAUGCAAGCCUCUGGAGAGUAUGAGGAAGUGUACUUUAUAUAUGAUAGUAGCUCAAAAUAAUUACCGUAUAUGCAAUGCAACAUUUUCCUUUUCGGAAGCGUUACACGCAGGAGACUGGGAGCAUUAUUGACAAUGUCAGAUAUUAAUCAUCUUUUUUCAGUAAAACAACUGUAGUUCAAUGAUGAACAUUCAGUAGGAAAUCCAGAUCACGAUUUGGCAAGUGAAAACCUAAUAUAUCCUCUCAUUCAAAUCAGUAAAAUCUUCAAAGUUUCUGUUGGGAAAUGAAUCAGGAUUGCUCUUGGUUAAUGGCCUUGUAUUUUAUUUCCCCGGCUUUAGGAGUUCUCUGCAGUAUAUAUAUGCGUGACUAAGCUUUGAUGUAGCAGGUCCUGUAUUUAUUGCAGGACAGCAAGUUUUUAAUAACCUAUAAUGGAACAUUAAAAUAUACAAUUUUCGUUUUUGUGCUUUUGAAAAUCUCUCAAUGCCAGAUAAUCUCCAAAGGUAAGGGUCAGUCAGCUUAACUCCUGGUUGAGGUGUUUCAGGGUUACAGUUUUUUGUUUUGUUUGUGUGACUUGGAAGUGAUUUUCAAAUUCAACUUUUACUGAGCUGUUGAUAAAUCGAAUAGUCAUAGCUUUGAGAAUGCAACAUCUUACAUCUUGUGAAUUUGUGGUGAGGAUUGUGUUGAUUUUUUUCCUUAUAAACCCAAGUACACAGAACAACCUUAGAGCAGAAUAUUAAACUACAGUGUCCUGUGGUAAUAGUCUUUUUGAGAACAGUGCUGUUGUGUGGAUUAUUUUCGAAUUUAGACUGCACAUUUUUUAGGCACACUGUUGUGUCAGAAUUUGAAUGGAAUCUUUGUGUUUCGUUUACACUUUUGUUGGAUUUUCAUCCUGCAAUUAGAAAAAAUGCACGGAGUGAGUUUUCUUUUUGCCGCACUCUAGAAUAUCUCUAUAAAGUGUGCUGAAUUAAUAAAUUUACAGUGAACCGCUCCUGUUAUUGGAUGAACACAUAAUUUUGGAAGGUGUCUCCAUGGAAUUGGAGAAAUAGACAAUAAAUAUUUAAUUGAAAAAUACUGUGUGUGUACACACAAGAAAGGUCAUGCUUGGUUCUGGGUAAUAUUCUGAAUGGGUAUCUGACAUGCCCUGAACCACGAGCUUUUCACUGUGAAAGUUUUCAGGGAAAUUGGCUGGGGCAGGUGGGCAUUUUCUUAGGAACAGAAAAGCCUGCUUUUAUGUGAAUGGAAGGACUUGCUUGGUAUCUGGAAGCUGCUGAUCAGGUUAAACUGGUUUAAUGCGCUUUAGUUGAAAGGGGUUGAAGUCGUGGCUGAAAGAGAGACGCUUGGGUGUGUUCAUGUGGUCAAGAUGUGUGUGUGUGUGUGUGUGUGUGUAGAGCAAAUGUCAGCUUUGCUUCAGGGCGUUUGCCUAUUUGAGAUCAAUGCUAUGGCAGGUGUUUAUUUACGGUGCAGUUUUACUGCUUUUGAGACAGGUGCUGUGCACAGUCCUUCAAUACAAAAUUCCAUUCUACCGGUGAAUACACUUUAAACAAUGCAUUUUAUAAUAACCAGUAAUGGUUUUUCCACUGUGUAUAGACACUAAAACACUGAAUGUAGCAUUUUCCCUGUACACUGUACAUUGAGCUGCAAGAAGCACUGUGUUUCAUCAUACAGGUUCCUUUAAUGUGAUAGCGUUCGAUGCUAAUUUUACAUGCCGCUUUGUUAGCUUGAAGAUCUGUAGUGUCCGGUUACAUUUUGCGAGAUACAAGGUUCAAGAAACUCAAUAUAAGCCUUUAUUCCUUCAAAAUUCCGUCGCAACAACAUGCAACUGCAGGCCUUAAGCACUCAUAAUGUGUGGGACUCAUUUUUUAAAGUGUGUUUACUGAGGUAAACAAUGAAUGGAAAAGCAGUGUUGACAUAAUAUUUCUUUGGAGGUGCACAAGCUAAUGAUGGCUUUUAAAGCACUGAUGACUGACAGUGACAGUUUGUACUUGACACUCAGGUGCAUGUGCUGUGUUUUGACCUUUGUAUUCAGAAGACUGAAACCCAUUGCCCACACCUGACUGCAGGUAUAAAUCAGGUAUAUCAAUUACAGUUACUGGUUGAAUUAUUAAUGUACAAAAGUCUGUCAUGCCUUUUGAGCACCCUUGCAUGUUUCCACUGAUUUUUAUGUUCCGAGAUGCAGUAAGUGCCAAAAUGGAACUUGUAACCUUGUCUUUCUUACUUAUGGCCUGCUGUUUGACACUCCCAACAGUAAAUGUCAGGUGAAUUAUAGAAGAGUACACACUUGGGUCGGGAGUCGAGUCCUGAACUUACUUUAUACCUGUUAGGGAUUUUAUUUCCAGUGCAGGUGCAAAAAUGUAAUUUUGUUUGCACUCCAGAGCCAGGUAUUCCUGCUGUAAUGGCCAGCCCUGUUUACAGAGCUUACUGACAGAGCAAAUGUCAGGAGAUGCCUUGUGUUUGCUGUGAAGGAAUCAGCUGAGGGAGACUGCUGGAUGGUAUGCAGUGUGAGCUUAUUUUAUUUUUUAUAAAUGUUUCCUGCACUGAAUGUUGCAAUAUUUCCCAUUUCCUAACUGUGAGCAAGAGAGUUAUAACUGACACUCACAGUGGAGAGACUUUGUAAAGAGAUGAAACCCUUGACCCAAGAUGGGCAACUUUGGAUGUUGUGAAUUAUCAUUGAAAAUUCACCUUGGUGGAAAAAGAAGCUGGCCGCUGUUGUAGUACCUGAAUCAAAGAUUUGAUUUCAUCUCGACCCCAGAUCUAAUAAGUCUCUUCAAUAUUAACCUCGUGGAUAAUGUUAGUAAUUUCCCCUCCCACUGCCUUCAUUAAUGUCAGGGCCAGGUGCUGUUUAUAAUUUUAUAAGCCUGACCUUCCUGCCCUUUCCCUGGUGAUUGCAAAUGUAGCUAAGUCAACAAAAAGGUUUGAAAUAUAAUUAGGCAGCAUUUAUGAAAGUUAGCUGUUCAUGGAAGCCUCCUAUGAGGUUUCCUAGGUAAUUGACAGUCAAGUCUGUAGGUUAGUGUGAUGAAAAUUUAUAUUGAUGGUGGUGGUAUAUAUGCUGUAUGUAUGGUUUUAAAUUGCAUGAAAGGCAGGUCAUAAUUUCAGUAUUGUAGGUUAAAAACCAUGCAUACUUCCUAAAAUUAACUGCCAUAUUUUGAAGAAGGGACACAUUUCUUCACAUUAUGAUCCAGGCUGUGAAGUAUAAUGUAUUUGUGCUGCAUUAUUUUGCAUUUGUCAACUUUUUUGAACAAGAAAGUAUGUCUCGGUCAGCAAACCUGAUUGAGGUACAGAGUGUGAGCUUCAUUUUUAACAGAGUUUGGAUGUUUUGUGUAUAUGCCAGGAUGUUAACAGUGUGGGUGUCUUUUGAGUGUGAAAUGCAUAGAGAAUGAUGAAUAUUGGAUGCACUGUUUACACUGUUAACUUUGUGUUGUUGCAAUCAAGCAGUCCUUAUGCAUAGAUGCAUCCACCACAGAGGGUUUUUGUAUUUUCCUUUUUACAUUUUCCUCUUAUUCAUCUUUUGAAGACAAUCAUAUUUUUCUUCAUUUUAUGUCAGAUUAAAUUAUGCAUUCUCUAUCUGUGAAUACAAACGGGAAUAAAACAAAUCAGGUUGAUGGAAUGCAAGUACUGAGAUGCCCUUCAACCCUUUUGUUUUUGGGAGGGAGGGAGCAGCACUACAGAACUUGUAUCUUGUGAUGUUACAAAGAGAAUUGUACUUGCAGAUUUGAAUGUAAAUGUGAUUUGUAAAGAGAACAAGCCACAAACCUCAACAAAUACAAAUGGUAGGGCCAUAUUAAAGGUACAUAAAGAGGCUUGAGUGCAGAAAUGAACCUUUCAUGCAUUGUAUUUUAUAGAAUCUUUUUUUUAUCAAAUGGGAAUGAUAUACAUCUUGAUGUUUGCAUAUCUCUCAAUAAAGCGUUCAACACAAA